UCCCGGCACGUGGACGCAACUUGCGGACUCACGAUCCCAACUGGUUUCCUAGUCUGGUUGCAUGCUGGGGAGAGUCACUCCGUCGUCGAAGUUGUGAGCUCGACAGCGACGUCUUCUUCGUCAAGAGAGUUCAUUCUCCGUUUCGCCAUGCUUGGCUCACGCUCAGACCGAUCACGCCCAACCGUGGCAAGUUUCAAGAGCGGCCUCAAGCGCCUCACCGUGGAGCGUUCGUGGCACGACUCAUGGGGAACGACAAAGGAAAUGUCCUUCGUCGACUCCGAGACCGACCAAGACCCUGCUUCAAGCCAGUCGCGGGUGCGUCUUGGUAACUCGCAACUACUGCAGCUGGCCCGUGCGGCAACCGACAAGGUAGACUUCCGUCGUCUGACAAACCGCCAGGCAUCGCUGCGCAACUGGAAGUGGAAGACCGUGGCCAACGGCUUCACGGCGUUCUCGCAUGGCGACGGGAUCGAGGCGGCGCUAGAGGUGUUGGCUACGGGCGAGAUGAAGGCAAGUCUGAACGAACUAUCUCACAUUCUCAGAACCAACACCGCCAGCGACCACGACAUGGUGAUGCGAAGCCUGUACAAGGAUUACAUCCACGGCGCCGUCGUGCACGUCGUGGACCCGUCGAUUGGGUCUUCUUCUGCCUCCGUCAUGAAGUCGGACGUGGAGUCAAAGCUGACAGUCAAGACCAGUGCUUUCGAGCGUUCGCGCAUGUUCAAGAACCACGAGCAAUGGUGCUUCCUCGAGUACUACGAGAAAACGGGCAGUGCCGAUGCUUUCACGGUGACGCUGGCUUCUGUGCCCGAGAAGGAGUUGCUGGCCGGUAAGAUGAAAGCUGAUCGUGUGGACGACUUGCCCGACUUGGCUGCCGCGUACCUAAUUGAAAAGAUCCCGUCGAGUAACGCUGUACGCGUGGUCUUCUUCGCACAGGCCUCUCUCACCGAAGAAGAGCCCCACUUCGAUCAGUCGAGCAUGAGCCACAGUAGUGACAGCACCCGUGGCCACCAACUUGCCCGUUCCAAGAAGCGUCAGAAGCGUUUGAUGCGUCUUGCUGCCGGUGCGAGCCAACUUCCUGAAGUGGUCCGUCGUCGUCGCUUCGGCACUCAACCGCUGGCGGAUUGCAACGCCUUUGAAGCCAACAACUCGCGAUGCACAUGCUGCGCCAAGUCUCUGCGUUUUCUCACGCGCAAGAAGCGUUGCCACAUUUGCGGAUACAUGAUCUGCCACCAGUGCUGGAGUAUCCACUCGAUGGAGACGCGCGACGGUCGUGUGUCAUCGGUGCGUGCUUGUCCGCGCUGCGUUGAGUUUGUGAACAACGGAGACUAUUCUCGCGUGGAUCAAGAGAACCGUGGACGAAUUCAGAUCAUCUCCGAUUCGGGUCUGCCCUCGUCUGACCCUCCUGGAAAGGCCUUGACCAAUUUCCUGCACGAAGCACUUCAGACCUCGUCUGGCAGCAAGCGCAAGUCGGUGAUGUCAGUGAUUCGCCACUUGAUGAACCAGGAGAAGGAGGACGCUGAUGUUCGUUCGGAAUGCUCCUCCGUAACGUCUUCUGUACGUCUCACAGACGACGAUGCAAAAAAAUACACCGACGCGCUGGACAAAAGGAAUGCUGCGCGUCGAGACACUUCCAGUGGGAGGACUGUGUCCUUGCGAACUCCAGGGGCCGUAACUACCCCGCUCCAAUACGGGCGCCCCGAUCUGGAAACUAUGAGCAAGCCCCCCGAUGCCAAAGGACGAGGAAGGAGCGUAUCAACCGCGAUCUCGGAAGGGUGGGAUUCUCUAAAGAUUACCGGAUACCGACGAGCUAAGACUUGA